GACAAUAAAAGCCAGUGAUUUUUUCAAAUCACAAUCAGUUUAGUAACGAUCAAGGAAGAUGUUGAAACUAGCCAUCGUUCUUGCUGCUUUGGCAGUAAUCCGGGCAGACGAUGUAUCGAACACCUAUCACCUGUAUACAUUGGAAAACCACUAUGAGCCUGAGGUUAUGGACCCCACGGUGCCCUUUUCAAGAUACUCUAAUUUCAAAAUAACGGACAACACUGUUAUCCUGGUCCAUGGACACCAAGGCAGCUUGCACUCUGAGUUCAACAAUCUUGUCAAAGAUGCUAUUUUAUUCCAUCAAGAACCUCAUAACGUUAUCGUGGUUGACUGGAGCAGAGAGGCUGGUCAAGGAUAUACUGCCGCAAGACAGUCUGUGCCAUUGGUAGCUCAUCAUUUAGCUAAUUUCAUAUCCUGGCUAGAAACUGAAGCCAGAUUGAUCAGGAGCACAUUACAUUUGGUUGGUUUCAAUCUUGGAGCUCACAUAGUUGGUCAAGCUGGUCGACGACUGGACCAAGGAUUGGGCAGAGUUGGAAGAAUCACUGGUUUGGACCCAGCUGCAAGCAGAUGGGGCAGUGAUUCCGGAAGAUUGGCCGACUCUGAUGCCAUGUACGUCGAAGUUAUCCACACAGAUAUCACAGGACCUGGCUCGAAUGGUAUUGGAACCGCAAUUGGAGACAUCAACUUCUUCGUCAACGGCGGUAGCAACCAACCAGGCUGCAUCGGUCAUGUCUGCAACCACAACCGCGCCUAUGAGGUCUUUGCGGCAUCUAUGAGCAACAGUGGACUAGUCGGAUACCCCUGCAGUUCAGACUUGCAAAAUACUCUCAACAGGUGCAGAGGAGACCCAUUGCAUAUGGGUGGUUUAGUUCUGUCCAAAACAGGGUCCAAAAAAUACCGUGUCAAUACAAGUGGAAGGUGGCCCUAUUAAUGAAAUUGAUAUACGGUUUGAAAAACAACCUGUAUGCGGAAAAUACACGAUAAACAAUUAAAUCUACCCUUUUGGCUUGAUCUUACUGGAGACUUAAAUUGUGUACUUAAAUCAUUAUAAUUGGAUUAUACUAAUUACUCAUUACAAAA